AACAAGGGACAAAAACAGUGACGGAGUAUGCCAAUUUUCUGCAAAACCAGUGGCAGGAACUGGAUUAUUACAGGGCACUUGAUUUGAACUGUAGCAAAUGUGCAGUGUUUAUCAAGAAGUUCAUAGAAAGGGAUCGAGUUUAAGAUUUUUUGGCUGGCCUAAACUCUGAAUUCGAUCUUGUACGAAUUCAAAUUCUGGGCAGGCCAGAGUUUCCUUCUUUAACAGAAGCAAUAUCCCAAGUACGUGGAGAAGAAAGUCGCAGGGGUAUUAUGUUAGAGCUCCCUUCAAUAGAAAAUUCAGCCCUUUUAAGUUCCAAAUCUCAGCGGUUGGUACUGAACAAGGUUGCUGCGGACAAGACCAAUCAAACAAGUGGGCAAAAGAAUCGCAAGGAGUUGUGGUGUACAUACUGCAAGAAACCACGACACACCAUAGAUCAAUGCUGGAAACUACAUGGGAAACCACCCACUCGUGAAUGGGGACAAAAAGGUGGCCAGCAAAGGCAGGCUCAUAUGUCGGUUCAAGAUCCAACUCAAGUGAUUGGAGGGUUUAGUAUGGAGGAAAUUGAAAAGCUUAAAAGUAUGUUGGAGACAGUUGACAAACCAGCAACUAACAAUUCUCAAUCAAGGAAUCCGGGACCGGGGCUCGGGGAAGAGGAUUGGACUAGCUAAGGAGCAUGAUGGACUCUAUUACUUGGAUACAUCAAGUCAACCAGAAUUUAGUAAAUCUGCCCUGUCCACAUUGUCUUCACCCUCCAAUAAAGAUGUCAUCUGGUUACAUCAUAGACGUCUAGGUCAUGUGUCUUUUUCUGCAUUAAAAAUAAUGUUUCCUUCCUUGUUCAAGGGAUUUGAUGUUCAGUCUUUUCAUUGUGAUAUUUGCGAGUAUGCUAAACACA